AUGAACCCACCACGCAAUUUCAGUCUCCGCAACGUCAACUCAAGCAAACCUCAAGUCUACAGGACAGAAUCACGGCAGUCUGCCGCUGCAUCGGAUGACUACUAUUCUUUCUCGGAUCGAGCAUCUUCGAGUCCGGAGAGCAGGGUGACCGUCAUGCGGUUCACCACUCCAGACUCUCAUCCUUCCUCGCAGGCAUCCUCUCCUACGGUGCCACGGACACAUCAGCGCCCGAUAGGCGAGGCAAGUCGCUCGCGACAUCCAGCCCCAGAAUCUCCACGACCUGCUACAGCCAGCACAGUCCGUUUUGGAGAGGAGAACAUCGCGCGCAUUAGCCCAAAUUCCGAAGAGACACACUCUGAUGAGACUGCUCGACGCAUCCCGAGUGACUAUGCGGGUCCAGCACCCACACCGGGACUGGAUGACUCGCCAUAUGUGCGCUUCGCCAUCGACCAACUCACCCGCGAUGGAGCCAAUCGUGCCAGCAGACAAGGCUCGCUGUCUAGCAGGGAGGAUUAUCCCGUUGAUCGUCUGGUGUGGGAUGAGGGAUUGGGCUAUUUCACUCGCACACGCACUCCGCUUCGACACACUGAAACGCCUCCAAGGCCCCAUUAUAAAUCCCCAUCCCCACAGGCCCUCCCUCAAAGACCUAUCUCUGUGGACCCGGAGUCAUUUGUGGCUGUCGAUCCGCCUGAGCAGAGCUUAUUAUACCCUCCAUUGGACUACUUGCCCCUCGCGCUGCGACCUUGGGCGCUGUCGGCAACAAUAUUCUGCUGUCUUCUUAUGAUCACCGGUGUUGUCUUCUGCAACGUUUGGUCCCAGCAACACACUGGCCUCUGGGGUUAUGAUCGCCAGGGCGGUGCCCGGUACUUCAUCAUGCAGUUUCUGCCCCAGAUCCUGGCGACGCCCAUCAUGAUCUGGAAUUUUGUCGUGCAAGCGGCCGUAUAUCGCACAGCGCCCUUCUCUGUGAUGUCAGCAGAGCGGGAAAAGGGCUUUGUCUUACAGUGUUUGCCUAUCCUAUCCCGGAACUUCCUCUUCCCCGACUUCUCGCACUUUUGUCAUGGCGAAGCACUGUUUGGGUUUUCGCUGUUCACCAUCUGGCUGUCCAACUUCUUCUCCAUCCCACUGCUGAGCUGUCUCUUUCAAGCAAAAUACUACGUCGUGGACGGCCAAGGCGUGUGGAAAUGGGCUUCGGUGCAAGCAGUGAGCUGGGCUCUGGUGGCAUCAUACGGCCUCUUGACCAUCGGCUUGGGGCUGCUUCUGGUUCGAUUCACUUGCGGCUGGACAGGCCUGAUGUGGGAUCCCGUCAGUCUGGCGGAUCAAAUCUCCAUCAUCCAGCGGUCCAACAUUCUGCAUGACUUCGAACACUCCGAGACUGUUCCCUCUGUCCGAGAAUCACUCGACCCGCGAGUUCUGCGUCUGGGCUACUGGAAACUCUCAAGCAAACCCGAGGUCUUCUAUGGUAUCGGCGAGGUAGACGCCCCAGUACGCACUCCAUCGCUUCACCAGACUGAGAAGAGUCGAGAAAAGCAGCCCCAUGGGCUCUCAAAAGUGUGCUUUGAUCUCGAGCACCAUGGGGCCUUUGCCAAUGACCCGUUCGAUCACCACCUGUACUCGCCGUUCACCCGCUACCGCUGGACGCCGUGGUUUCUGCGGUCAACAUCCGUGGUCAUCGCGUCCAUCAUCAUGGUUGCAUUAUUCAUCGCCUUUGUGGUUGUCAGCUUCGUCCACCACGCCAUCGAGGGCGGCUUCCCUCCACGACUCCCGUCCCUCCCAUCCAAACAGGCCUUUUCCGCUUCCAACUUCCUGUAUAGCUUCAUCCCCGCCCUGAUCGGCAACGUGCUCUUCCUUGUCUGGCAGCCUAUCGAUGUCUACUUCCGCGCCUUACAGCCGUUCGUCGAGCUCUCGUCCCCGCAAGGCGCACCCGCCGAGAAGAGCAUCCUCCUCUCCUACCCAUCCGCCUUCCCCUUACAAGUUACUAUGCAAGCCAUAAUCAACAAGCACUACAAAGUGGCCUGGAUUUCGUUCAUGGGCCUCGUGUCAGCAGCCAUCCCUAUCCUUGCCGGCGGCAUCUUCGUCGCGCUCUUCUACCCGUCCCACGACGACGUCCGCAUCUCCACCCUCAUGCCGGCAUUCUACGCUCUGAUCGCUUUCUGUGGUCUCUAUGCUGUCUCUUUUCUGGCCAUCUGGCCCCGUCGUCGCCGCUAUCUCCCCCACGAUAUCAGCACGCUCGCCGAUCUGAUGAGUUUCUUUUAUCAGUCGCCGCUGCUGUCGGAUAAGCUUCUGCGCGAGCCGCGCAGCAAGACUGAUCUCGUUACCCGUCUGAUUGUUGCUCCGCCUUCUGAACGCGAGCUGCCGCAGUAUGGGUUCGGGAUCUAUGUCGGUCGCGAUGGUAAGGAGCAUCUUGGAAUCGACCGCUUUCAUCGGCCGGGGCGCUCUGAUAUGUUGAUUACGACGGGGGGUAUGAGAUAA